CCUGGACGGGCCGCGCGCCGGCAUGAGCAGCGGCUCGGAGGCGACGGCCGGCGGCGGGCGCCGCUCGCGCCGCAGCGCCGUCAAGGCCCGGGUCGAGGCGCGCCGCUCGCACACGGCCAGCUCGGAGGAGGACGAGCCGCCACUGCAGCGCGCGCCCAGCGAGCUGAGCAUCUCGCGCGACGGCUCGCUCAGUCGGCGCUCGCGCGCGGCGCGCACCGAGCGCUACAUCCGCCGGCGCUCGCGCGACGAGGCGAGCCUGCAGCAGGAGGCGAACGAGCGACGGCGCGACGAGCCGGCGCAGAAGUGGGCGGCGACGGUGUUCUGUCAGCAGGCGGACGGCACGCGGCCGCCGCCGCCGCCGCCGACGGCCGGCGCCUUCCCGCCGCGGCCGCGGCCGCAGUGUGUCGCCUCUCCGCCAGCGAGGCGAGACGGCGCCGCGUUCGGCGUGGCGAACGGUGUGGACUGCGCGCGCCGCCUCGCCGUCGCUCCUGCACCCGUGCGAGAGCGCUACCCGCUGCCGGCGCCGGCGGCCGGCGCGCCGCGACUGGCGCAGCCGCUGAGCCCGCAGGCGGCGUCGCCGGCGCGGCGCUCACACCGGCCACCGCCGCCGCCGCCGCGCGACCCGCGCAUCAGGAUCACCAUGUUCCCCGAGCCGCGCCCGGUGUCCUACUCGUUCGAGCAGCUGGCGGCGCCCAAUCGCUGCCACCUGGUGACGGUGACGGACGGACGGCCCCCUGGCGGCAGUCUCAGCGCGCGCUCCGUGCCCGGCCACGUUUCGGCGACGCCGCGCGGCAAACUCGGCGCGCACCUGUCGGGCUCGGACCAGUCGAUUGCGAUGUACAAGCAGCAGCUGUACCCGCGCGCCGCGGCGCACCGCUCCGCCGAGCAGGUGUACAGCUACACGGACACGGCGCCGGCGCGCGCCGUGCCGGCGGAGGUGCGCAGCUACACAGACCAGGCGCCGGUGCGCGGUCGCACUCGCUGCAUUAGCCAGGACAGUGCGUUCAUGAGCGACUCGCAAACGGCGCCGCCAGCGGUCGCCAACGGCGCGCCCAAGAGCGCAGGCGAGUUUUGGCGCGUGCGGGAGCAGCGCGCGCCGGCCGCGGAGAGUCCCCCGCCGCCGCGGCCGCCCAAGCCGCAUCUCUCGCCUCCGCCUGACUCGCUCAACUCCAGCCUCUCCGAGAUCUCGGCGCCGCGCAGCCAGAACACGAGCUUCUCCUGCCACGACUCGGACUCUGUGCUGGGCCGGUCGCGCGCGAGCGAGUCAGCGCGCCCGGGCCGGCCGGGCGCGGCCGAGCGGCGCCCUCUGUCGAUGCCGCGCCGGCCCGUCUCUGCGCAGGCGCCGCGACGCUCCGAGAACUUCGAGGAGGCGCUCGACGAGCUGGAGGCCAUCUACAAGAGCCUGAAGCUCGACGACGAGGACCUGCUCGACCGCGCCGAGCGGCGCGACCUGCCCACCCCGCACCAGGAGAUGUGGCGCGCGCCGCCCGGCGACGGCACCGCCGCCGCCGACGACGACGAGCCCGACCUGAACCGCACGCUCUCCUCGGAAGAGCUGCCCGUCGACCGCUGGCAGAGCGUGAGCUCGCUGGGCUCUGAGUUGAGCCGCCAGCGGGCGCCGGCGCUGCGCCGCUCGGCCGUGCCCGACAAGAAGGAGGACGACGUGUACACGCGCCGGCUGCGCCAGAACGAGAAGAACCCCGUGCUGGACAACGUGCUGUCGCGUGGCGGCAGCUACCUGCUCGUGUCGCCCGUGCUCUCGCCCACCGUCAGCCUGGACAACGUGCGUCAGGAGCCGACCGUGCCGGGCGAGCGCGAGCCGGACGUCACCUAUGACGACGUCACCUUCCGCAACAACCGCCACGCCAACGCGCUGAAGGUCAUCGACCCGCAGCCGCCGUUUGGCAUUCCGCUGGGGCCCACGUGCCCGGCGGCGGCGUCCGACUACCUGCACGUGGCGCCGCCGCAGGGCAAGACGCGCGCCACGUUCCGGCCGCGGCGCAACCCCGACCUCGUGGCGGACGACCUGGCGUUCCGCGCGCUGCGCAAGGACGCCAAGGAGUCGUCGCCGGAGACGAUCAACACGGACGCGCUGGACGCGCUCAUCCGCGAGACGGACCGCAUCGGCAAGCGGCGUGCCACGCGCACGCUCUCCGACGACCUGUCGCUGCUCGUGCAGCGGCAGUCGCGCCAGCCGGACGCGCGGCCGCUCUCGCUCUGCGUCUGCGGCGGCCACUCAGUCUCUGACUGUGAGCUGGAGACAGAGGCGGCGGCGGCGGCGGCAGCCGUGGCGGCGCGGCGUCCCCACCCGUUGCACCAGCGGCCCGACUCGCAGCGCACCUUCGGCCUCUACAGCCUGUACGUGGGUAACCUGAGCGAGCCGGAGACGGGGCGCGGUGCCGACGCUGGCACCGGCGCCGGCGCGGCGUGCUCAGCAUCAGUGACCACCAGCACCGAGACGCUGACGGAGCUCGGCCAGCGGCGGCCGGCCAGCGGUGGAGGCGGCGAGUUCGCCGUCCGGGUGCGCCCCUUCUCGCGCGUGGCGUCGGCGCCCGGUGACGGCGAGGCGGCGACGCCGACGGGAGGUGGCCGCGCCGCCACCGAGCCGCCCUCCACGCCGAGCUUCACGCCGGCCGCCUCGCCGCCGGCCACGCCGCGCUCGGCCUCCGACGCUCAGCUGAACGAGCUGCUCGAGACGCUGCGCGUGGAGGAGCAGCCGCCCGUGUCGUCCGAGAGGCGGCAGCACCGGCCGCCGCGGCUCACCGAGACGCUGGCGGCGCUGGCCGAGCUCGACUCGGAGCGCAUUCCGCGCGCCAUCGCCGCACUCGAC